AUGUCGCCAGCACGGGCAGCGACACCGGCUGCUGCGACUCCACCACCGCUCCCUGUGGUACGCUGUGCUGCCUUCGCUGCUCGUCCGUGCCCUUGUACUAUCCCCUCCUUGCAAGCAGCGGUCGCCAGGGCGGCACCUUCCGCCACCAUCACCCUCCUCCCACUCCCCGCCGGCUCUCCCCUAUCCGCAAUCAAAUCUUCGCCGACCAAAUCCGCUGUUCAACUGGGCGGCAAAUCUCUCACCAUCACCGGCGCCCCUCCCGCGUCCACCCCCGCGUCUCCCGCUGCAAUCACACUCGACUGCGGCGGCGGCCCGUGCCUGAACGCCACGUGUGCUGGCGCGGGGUGCGGCGCGGGGAGCAAGGUGGUGCUGACGCUGGCGCUGUUCACGCUGACCAAUGGCGUGUCGGCUGAUUCGGGAGGAUGCGUGGAUGUGCGAGGGCAGGGCCUGGUUAUCAACAACGUGGCGUUCUCCCGCUGCUCCGCCACCAACCUGGGGGGCGCGGUGUCAGUGCAGGGCGCGGGCGCGUCGCUCACAGUCUCCUCCGCCUCCUUCUCCGCCUGCUCCGCGCCUGGGUCCGACCUCACCUACAUGUACAACUCGGGGGGCGGCGCUAUCAGCGUCACUGGACCCGAGGGGGGGGCAGCUGCACCUGGGGGUGUGCGCGCAAAGCUGUCCGGGGUGACGGCGAAUGGGUGCAGUUCGGAGAACGGGGCGGGAGGGGCGCUGCUGUUUAGGAAUGUGAGGGUGGAGGUGGACGGAGGGGAGAUGACCGGGUGCCAGGCGUAUUUCGGCGGGGCGAUUGCGACCAUGUACUCGAGUGUGUCUAUCGAUGGGGUCACUGUCAGCAAUGGACUGGCUGUUCUUGGAGGGGCCAUCGCGGACGAGGGUUCCUCCACCUACGCCCUUUCCUCCUCCUCGCUCACAGCCUGCUCCUCCAAUGGCACGCUGCCAGCUGGCGUGUACGCGUCAGGCGACGGCUUCGGGGGGUGUAUGGCGCUGAACGCCACGCAGACGGUUACAGUCACAUCCGUUAAUGUCACCAAGUGUGUCACGGAUUACGAGGGAGGAGGCGCGUGGGUGUUCACAGUCACUCAGGCAACUCUCACCAAGUGCAGCUUCUCUGACAGCUACGCAACAUACCUAGGAGGAGGCAUAUCCGCCACGGGCGGCGUCCUCCUGAUCUCCGACUCCACGUUCGCCCGCAACGUCAUGGACUACGUUUCCAGCGCGCCCUCGGGCGCCGGCCUAUCGCUGAGCGCCACGUCAGCGAAAGUGGAGCGCACCGUGUUUGAGGAUAACGUGGGGAUCAUGAUGGGGGAUGCGGCGACUGUGGAUGGGUAUGGUGGCGGAGUGUAUGUGGGGCAGGAUGGAGAGUCGACGGUAACCACCCAGGAGUUCAUCUCCUGCACCUUCUCGCGUAACUUGGCGAAGGGAGGCGGGGGGUUCUACCAGUACGGAGGCGUCGCCAAGUUCACCAACACUGUGUUCCGCGACAAUGGGGGCGGCGAGCUGGGAGGCGCAAUGCUGGCGCUGGUGACGGCGGAGGUGCAGAGCUGCACGUUUGAGCGCAACAGUGUGUCGGGGUCGGGAGGAGCCAUCUACAGCGAGGGCACGGGGUACCUGCGCAUCAUGGGGUCUACUUUCACUGCCAACUCCGUGCAGCUCAAGGACGGCGGUGCUCUCUAUGUCAUUGCGGCGGACAGCAACGUGACAGUGCAGGGAAGCACGUUCAGAGGCAACAGAGCCAACAGCUCGCGAGGGGCCGCCAUCUUCAGUGGGGGGUCGCUGCUGCAAGUAGAUGACUCUCUGUUUGAGGAGAAUUGGUCCUACCUCAAGGGCGGCGCUGUCACAGUUGAAGGCUCUCGAGGCGCAGAAGCAACCACCCUGGGGCGCUUCUCAAACACCACCUUCACCAGAAACACCUCCCCGGUGGGGGGAGGCGCAUUCCUGUGCAGCCUCAACUGCACCGCCGAUCUCACCAACUGCACCUUCUCCGAAAACAACAGCACUGCCGCCGGCGCCCUACUCGCGCAGGAAACCUCCUCCCUCACCUUCCGAUCCUCCUCCUGCCAGGGCAACGCCGCGGACGCAGCAGGAGGGUGCCUAUUGGUCACGGAUUUCGCGACUAUUACGGCGGAUGGGAGCAAGUUUCGGGAGAAUAGGGCGGGGAGUGGAGGCGGGGUGGGGAAGGUGUCUGGGUCAGGGAGGCUGGUGAUGACCCGGUGUGAGGUGGAGGCCAAUGAGAGCCCGACAGGUGGCGCGCUGUGGGUGGAGAUGGAGGGUGUGGUGGAGGAUACGCGGAGUAGCUUCACGGGUAACAAGGCGAGUUUCGAAGGCGGGGCAGUUUUUGCCACACACAGCGCCACUGUGACGCUGCUCUCGUCGCAAUUCGGGUCGAAUUCCGCGCUGAGAGGCGGGGGUAUGGUUCUGGAUACAGAUGCGACUCUCACCUCCACCUCCUCCUCUUUCCUCAACAACUCCGCUUCGGCUCUUCUUAUUAGGGGGAGUUCUCAGGCUACUCUCACUACAGCGUUUUUCUCGGGCAAUUCGGCCCCUGCGGGCACCGGAGGGGCCAUCUGGGCAGCUGCCGAAACUUCUCUCACGGUCCGAUCGAGCAAUCUGACGAACAACACGGCUGUCACGGGCGGCGGAAUCUUUUCGGAAGGGUCUGCCCAGGUGACCCUGGAUGCGUCGCGAUUCGAGGGGAACAACGCGGUUACUGGCGCGGCGCUUGCUGCUGCGGGCAGCUCGAAAUUUUCGGCAGGGAACCUGACACUCGUGAAAAACAGCGCAAGCCGUGCGGGGGGGGCGGCGGCGUUUUUGGACCAAUCAAACGGGUUAUUUAAGGGGGCGUGGAUGACUGGGAACAAAGCGGUGGUGGGCGGUGCAGGGGUGUACGUGAAGCGAGCAGAGACUCUCGGGAUUACCUCCUCUGGAGCUGCAGCUGCUGGAAAUUCUACUGGUGCUCCGGCUACUGGAUCAGCGCCAGCUGCUGCUGCUGCUGCCGUGAAUGAUGCGGGUAGUGCAGCUAGUGCUGCAAGCGGCGCAAACAGCAGCAGCAGCAUGGGAGUAGGAAAGGCUGAGCUGGCUCCGCUGGUGUGCUCAAACCUCACAUUCAGUGAGAACGAGGCCUUGUACCCGCAAGGAGUGGCCUUCUACGAAGCUUCCUUCAACCCUGCAGUGCGCAUCGGGUGCGACGAGUGCGUGCGGGAGCAGGAGAGCCAGACCAUAGGCAGCAUCCCCAAGAACUUCUACUUCACAUUCACAGGCAUGGAUGAGGGGGCUAACGGCCUCGGCACGGUUCCGUCCUUUGUGGCUCUCACGGCUGUGGGGACGCCCAUCGCAGGGCUGACGGUGGUCAUUGUGGACGACUACAACAACACUGUUGUUCAGGACAACUCGUCCUUUGUCGCAAUCGCUCCCGAUCGUCGCAUCUCGGGGUUGCUGCGAGCAACAGCGGUGCAGGGACUGGCCGAGCUGCCAGAGGUCUCCGUCAUGGUCACUCCCGACGAGGCCACGCCCUUCCGCCUCCUCGUCACCGUCUCCAGCCCCACUAAUGAGUUCCCCGAUAUAACACACACCUUCACUGUAGACUUCUGCGCUGCGGGAACCUUUCUGAAUACAACCUCGGAAGAUGGAACCGGGGGGGACGGUGGUGGUAGUAGUACCAGCAGUACUGGGAGUGGGACAUGUGACCCCUGCCCUGUCGGUAGUUGGUGCGAGGCUGGUCAACCGUCCACUCCCUGCGACGACGGCAGCUUCACGUUCUACCCCUACUCCACUAGCGCCGACGAAUGUGUAGCGUGCGAGGAUGACAAUCUGGAUUGCACGGGCGGCGAACUGACGAUCGCGACGCAGGCGUGGUUGGAUCCCAGGACGUAUAAUGACACGCCGACCACGUACAGCUGUAUUAUCACCAAUGGGUGUGUGGAGCACCUGUAUGAGUACAACCUCACCACCAACACCGCGGAUGUUGAGAUCUGCCCCACCGGCUACGACCCCUCCUCUCCCAUGUGCUGUCUGUGCGCCAACAACUACUACUCGUUCCUCGGCGAUUGUAACUACUGCAGCGACGUUUUCAAGAAGCUCUUCCCGCUGCUCUUCAUCCUCAUGAUUGGAGUGUGGGUGGCCAUGUUUCUCCUUGCCAACAACUAUGACAACAUCGACAUCUUUCUCACCGAGGUGCAAUACCUCACGGUCGUGGCCUCCAUAAACCUGAACGCACCAGCAGCGCCAAAUGGAUGGGUGGGGUGGCUCAUCAAGAUCUACAACCUCUCCGUCUUCGACCCCGACGUGGUGGGACCCAACUGUGUGCUAACCUACCGCUUCCCGCAGCAGUUCGUCUUCGGAAUCCUCAUCUUCCUCGUCGGCCUCGUGGUCUACGCGCUGCACUGGUGCCUCUUCCUCCUCCGCGAGCAUAUCAAGCUGCUCAAGGCGAAACGGACAGCUGAAAACGGCGAGACGAGCGGAGUCGGGCAGCUGAGCAGCACGGCGGCGAAGCAGCGGAGGCAGGAGUAUUACAACGGGCUGGUCGGUGGUGUUGCGAGCUGGCUGGACGUUUGUUACAUGGGUAUUCUCGCCCGCGUGCUGCCCGUCUUCCAGAGCCAGAUGGUCGGGGAUACCAAGGUGAUGCUGUUCGCUCCGGAGAUCGAGUGGCUAUCCUCGACGCACAUGGGCAUGCUCAUCCCCUCUAUAAUCAUCCUCAUUGUCUACCUCGCGGGCGUGCCGCUGCUCUACGCGUGGCUGCUCUUCUCAGCCAAGUGGAACCGCACGCUCUUCACCGCUGAGUUUGACGACAAAUACGCUUUUCUCACAGAACGAUUCGGCCGCAAAUUCUACUGGUGGCACCUGCUCAACAUGUCUCUCCGGGUGCUGUACGGAUGCAUCCUCGUCUUCCUCUACGAGAACCCCGAGGCUCAGAUCAUCAUCCUCGUCGUCCUCCAGAUCCUCCGCAUUGUCGUCGAGUACCGCUUUGCACCGUUCACCUCCUCCUCUGUCGAGUACCUUCAGGCCACCCUCAACCUCGGAGAGGUGUUUUUCACGCUGUCGCUGCUCAUAUUCAACUACACAUCCGAGUCCAUCCUCUCAGAGGUCAUCAUGGCCAUCAGCACCGUCCUCAUGCUGCUGCCCGCCAUCGUGGCCAUCAGCUACGAGGUGUCGAGCAAGCGAAUGGAGGCGUUUAACAACAGUGUGCUGGACGAGAUCUGGGAGCAGGAGAGCGGCAAGAGAGAGGACCAGCUGAGGGGGCUCGACCCUUAUCAAAUCGUGCAGCUGACGCAGAUAGGAGGGUGGUUCCGCCCGCGUGCUCUCUUCCAGUUCCUUCAUCAUCGUCAGGGCAUUGACCUGCUGCUGAGGGUGCGCGACCGCGUGCAAGCGUGCUCCCUGGCAGGCCUCGGGGAGGUCGAGUGGAUCGAGCAGCUGAAAAAGCCCCAGCAGUACGCCGGUCUCUCCCAAAUCCUCCUCGGAAACAAAAAGGGUUACAUCCCCGUCGCGCGGUUACCACCUCAGGGAGUGUACUGUCUGCUGCACGGGGUGUGGCAUGCGGACGGGGCGUGCACGGCUGCCCAGGCUGCGGCGGCGGCUCGGCGCCGAACCAACCGCCGGACCAAGUCGCGAAGCAGCCGGGUUUCGUUCGGGGGAGGGAUGGGAGAGGGAGGGCCGGAGACUCCUGGGAGUGGGCUGAGGAGAAUGGUGAGCUGGGGGUCGAACACACCUGGAGGGGCCAGUAUGAGGGAGAAACCUGUUAAGAGUCUCAAGAUUGCUGAGAAGAGUUGGCCUCCGCAGCUUGGGAGGAAAGUGCACUGGUGCCCUGCUUCGGGAUUCGAUCCCCUUGCGGCGACGAAGAGGUUCGGGAGCGGGAGGAUGGGUGCUGGUGGGAUGGCUGGGACUCCUACGGGAGGAGGCGGGGGAUGGGGAGGAGGAGAGGAGGCUAGAACGCCGUACCCUGUUGCCCCGGAAACCCCGACUGGCAUGCCUGAAACUCCUGUUACCCCUGCUGCCCCUGCGGCCCCUGCGCCUGCGGCUGCUGUUAAUGGUGGUGGGGAUGGAGACUCAAAGCCAAAGAAGCGGCUUCUCAGGCAGCUGUCGGAUCGAGAUGACAGCGACACAGAGGGAGCAGCAGCAGGAGCAGGAGCGGGAGCAGGAGCGGGAGGGGGAGGGGCAGGGAGCAGGCCUGGUACAGCAGGAACGCCAGGAGCGGGAGGAGGGAUCAUGCGAGGGGCAAUCAGCCGACCGGGGAGUUCAGGAGGGGCGGCGAUCGGAGGGGCGGGCGGGGGGGGGAUGGAGGUGGUGCAGGCGAAUCUGGACAUGGCUGAGUUGACUUUUGCGUUCCAGUCGAACCUGGCUCUGCUGGUGAAGGCUGAGAAGAAACGUAAGGUGCAGAAGGAGGCGCUAAGGCAGAUCAUCCACUCCAAGGCGACUUACCACAUUCUCAGCUGGUUUACAAGCGAGGAGAGCACGGUGGACGAUCAGAGGCUGUUUGCAGAGCUGGUGAAGGCGGUGAGGCAGGCGGCCAAGACGCGCAAGAGGUCCAUGCGCUGGCUGCAGGGCGCUCAGUGCUUCUACCCUGGGGAGGGCCGCCUCACCAACCAGCUCUCCAAGAUGCUGUAA